GCCAUUUCCGAAAAACAGAAAAAGGUUCUUCAGUUAGGACACUUAUUAUUAUUAUUAGUCUUAUUAGGUAUCAGCAGCUUUUCCCGGACAUAUCCAUAUCGAAGCAUCAUCUGGUGAAAUUGGUAGAAAUCUGUUUACAAUCCAAUAAGGGAGUGGCUGAGUGCUGUAACUGGUGAUCGACAUGGCUCAGUUUUUGGAUCAUGAAGCCGAAGAGGCGUCUUCUGACGAAGAAUUGGAAGAUGACGAAGGAAUCCGAAGGAAGAAGGACAAACCGAAGAAGAAAAAGAAGGUUAUUGACGAUUCGGAAGAUGAGGACGAGGACGAAGAGAUGGACCCAACGGCAGCGGCCGAAUUGGCGAAUUUUAUUCAGGACGAAGUUGACGAGCCAGAAGAGGAUGCAGGCGUGGGAGACGAUGGGGAAAAGCGGAAACAUGAGGACGAUGAGUUUGAAAUGGAAGAUCUCGAGGAAGAAGAUUACGAUUUGAUCGAAGAAAAUUUGGGCAUUCAAAUCAACAGACGAAAACGACGCAGAGUACGUGCUGUGGAAGACGACAGCGACGACGAGAAGGAGAGAAAAGACCGUGAUGCCAUCGCUAACGAACUGUUUGAGGAGGGUGAUGAAGCGGGAACGGCGCCGGUUCGAACCCAGGAAGAUAAGCCGCGUACAACAGUGGCGGAUGAAGAGAUUGACGAAGAAGGAGAAUCCGACAGCGACUCCUUCAUUGUCGGGGACGACGGCGAACCUAUUAAACAUCGUCGUGCCAAAGCCGACCGCUACGAAGAUGCUGCUUUGCAAGAAGCCCAGGAAAUUUUUGGCUUGGAUAUUGAUUAUGCAGAUUUCCUGGAUCAAGGAGAUGAGGAAUACGAUGAAGAUGGCGAAUAUGAGGAAGAAGACGAAGACGGAGAGAUUGUCAGACCACAGCGCAGUCGGAAAACGAAGAAGAGUGUCAUGGACGUCUACGAGCCGAGUGAUCUGGAGCACGGUUUGCGAACUCGGUUGGACAACGAAAUUCGGAUGGCUGAUAUUCCAGAAAGAUUUCAGUUGCGUAGCAUUCCCGUUGAAUCCCCGCCAGAGGACCGAGCGGCUGCUGAGCUGCAAGACGAAGCUAGGUGGAUUUAUUGCCAGAUGUUUGUGGAUGAGAAUACAAGCAAUCAGAAAGAGGCCGAAAAGCUGAAAAAGCAGAUGGCUAAUCCAGAUUACAAGGAGGAAAGUUACCAGAAUCUAGAAAUUCCUUCGGAAGAACAGAAAAUUAAUCGUAUUAAGGAUAUCCUUGAUUUCAUUCGAAACCAGUUUCUCGAGGACCAUUUCAUUGCGACGUACCGUAAAGAGUAUCACAUGAGCGCUGUCAACUACAUGGCCGUAAACCAAGGCCAGAAAGACCCGAGCAAGCGCAUGAAAGACGAUCCUUAUGGUUUUAAUGCUGAAGAUAUCCGAGAGAUCUACGAAAGAGAUUUAAAUUGGAUGCAGCUGCAAAAACGGCGAUCAAACUUGUUGAAGCUUGUAACGAAGAUGCAGAGUUAUUUAAAUGCCAAACGAAUGAAUCAGCCGGAACUUUUUCAAGAUUCGGAUGAGAUUUCCGACGAAACAGUGGACUUCAUCCGCAAUGCCACUUCCAUUACGGAACUGCAGGAUCGGUUUAUUGAACUGAAAUUGACUUACGGACAACAUUUUCCCAAUCUUUUGAAAAUGGAGCCAAAGAAAAAAAGUGGGGCAGUUGCAUCUGCAAAUGGCGAAUUGGAUGCUGCCUUGGGAAACGGUGACGCACCAGUUGCCGAGGAAGGUGACGCUACCGCUGAGGCCAUAGGUGAAGAUGCUGCAGAAGUGGCGCGGUUAAAAAGAGCCAGAAGGACGGAUCCAUAUUUCAUCUGCAAGGAAGCUGGAUUAGAUAAAUUUGUAAACAAGUUCGGUCUGACUGUCGAAGAGUUCAUUGCCAAUGUGGACAGCGAUUACACGGUGACGGAGCCAGAUCGAGAUCAACCUGAUCCGGAAAUACUGGCCGAAGGAUUUGUCUCUCAGCGCUUUCCAACAGCGAACGACGUUUUAAACGGCAGUGUUUUUAUGCUGGCUUCCUCGAUUGCUCGCAGUGCAAAAUUUCGCGCAAUUGUCAGAAAAAAGUAUUUUGAAUAUGCCGUCGUCAAUGUCCGGGCUACGAACAGAGGAAUCAAGGAAAUUGAUGAGAAUCAUCCCUGUUUUCCGAUGAAGUUUUUGAAGAAUAAGCCGAUAAAAUCGCUCCAGGAUGAUCAGUACAUCAAGUUGUUACAGUCUAAGCAAGAAGGCCUUUUGGAAGUUGAAAUCGGCGUGGGCCCAAACGAAAGCGGCAACGAUCCUCUGUUUGCCAGCAUUGUUGCGUUUUUCACAGUGGAUGAAUUUGGCAAGGACAUUCAGUCAUGGAACGUCUACCGGUCGAAAGCAGUGGAGAAAGCAUUGAAGGGGUUUUUAUACCCGGUAUUUGCCAAAGAAGUCCACGAAAAGUUGAUGGCGGAAGCGAAAGUUUUUGUUAAAUUAAACAUCCGAAGAAACCUUUUCGAAUGGAUCAAUAUUGCGCCAUACACCAGAAAUGUCGAGACAAGUGGGGAGAAAGAUCAGUGGGAUAAUUUGUGGGAUCUCUCCAACGGCAUCAGAGUUGUCGGAGUGGCUUUUGAAAAUAAUUGGGAUCAACCAGGAUUUGCUGUAGCUACAGAUGCAUACGGCGAUGUGAUCGAAAGCAUCAAGCUUCCGACUCUACUGAACGUUAGGAAAAAAGUCGGCGAACGUGUCAAUUCCGAUGAUAUAGCGAAGCUUAUGGAUUUCAUUUUGGAGCGAAGGCCCCACGUUAUUGCUGUUGCUUCCGAAUCAAGGAGAGCUAUAGACGUUCGAAUUGCGAUUCACAAUGCAAUUGAUCGGCUUCGUCAUGAAGAAAAGCUUCCGGAUAUUCAAGUUGAAGUUGUGGAUAAUCGACUCAGCUUGUUGUAUCAGAAUUCUGAAACUGGACGGGCGGAAUUUCCAAAUUAUCACCCAAUUCAGCGACAGGCUGUUUCCAUCGCACGUCGCUUGUUGGAUCCUCUGCUGGCUUUUGCUCAGUUGUUCAAUCUGGAUGAUGACCUGCUGAACUUAAACAUCCAUCCACUUCAGAACAUGUUGUCAAAGGACGAAUUCCGUCGCACUCUGGAAGUUGAAUUUGUCAGGCGGGUUAAUGAAGUUGGAGUUGAUCUUAACGAAUGUGUGAACCAUCCAGCAACUCAUGGAAACGUCGUACAGUUUGUUUGUGGUUUGGGACCGCGGAAGGCUCAGCGUCUGCUUAGUUUGGUUAAGCAAACUGGUGUCAUCGUCAGCAGGAAUCAACUGGUGAUGGUGUGCCGUUUGGGACCUAGGGUCUUCAUUAAUUGCGCUGGAUUUUUCAAGAUUAAUGUGAACGAUCUAAGUGAUACUGUUACUGGAGAGCAGUACGUUGAGCCACUCGAUGCUACUCGAGUUCAUCCGGAAACUUACGACUGGGCUCGUAAAAUGGCUGUCGAUGCUCUGGAAUACGAUGAAUCCAACGAAGGUGCCAAUCCAAGCGAGGCUUUGCAAGAGAUUCUUGACAAUGAUGCCGCCAAUAAGAAAUUAUGGGAACUUGAUUUGAACGCUUUUAGCGAGGAACUAGAGCGUCAGAAUUUCGGGAAUAAGAGGAUUACGCUUUUGGAUAUUCGCCAUGUUUUGACUAAAUCUUUUGCUGAUUACCGACCGCUUUAUGAAAGCGCAAUACAGAAUGCAUCGCUGAUGUUCCAGCUCAUAACAGGGGAAAAUUCGAAGGCCUACGUUCCUGAGCGGUUGUUUACAGUUACGGUUACGGGAUUUUUCUAUCAUCGUUCCGAUAAGAGUGAAGACGACCUAAGGUCAGACAGCUGGCGUGACGAUGCGAAGUACGUUAGGAAACGAAAGAAUGAAACAUGGUACUGCGCGCGUUGUCGACAGCGAGAUUUCGCCUCAAAAUUGGAGGUGAUCGGUCAUAUUCUGGAUGAGCCCAGCCAAUGUCCCGGGAAAAUUGCUGGAGUCAAAGUAGCUCUGGAUAAUGGAGUGACAGGAGUGAUUAAGUUGCAGAAUAUUAGCGAUAAAUACAACAGCGAAGAAGAAUUCUUUCCUCAGGAUCGGGUUAAAGUUGGAAUGGUUAUCCAUGCCCGCUUAGUAGGCGACUUUUCAGCUGAGAAGUUCUACGGCGAGUUUACAUGUAAAGGUUCGGAUUUGGCUAAAGACAAGUCGGUUCGAGAUGCGUUCUAUGAUCCGGCAGCAGAGAAAACAGCCGUGGAUAAAGAAAUUAAGAAACAACAGAGACGAGCACCGAAAAUAAAUUAUCUGAAGCGUGUUAUUGCCCAUCCGUCUUUCAAAAACUUUGAUUAUAUGGAAGCAGAAAGCUAUCUUAAGACGCAACCGCUGGGUGAAUGUGUAAUACGUCCUAGCAGCAAAGGCAAUAACAAACUGACUUUGUCAUGGAAAGUCGCGGAAGGCAUUCAUGAUCACGUGGAGAUUGUUGAACAAGAGAAGGAAAACGUUUUUAGCCUUGGCCAGAAGCUGGUCAUCGGUGAUGAGACUUUUGACGAUCUGGAUGAAAUUCUAGCACGAUAUGUGCAGCCAAUGGCUGUAUUUGUUAAGGAAAUCAUGGACCACAAAUACUACGUCGAUUCGCACUUCGGCCAACCGACAACUCACGCUGCGCAGCGGACCGUUAUCGAUGCAUGGCUCCGGGAAGAAAAGUCCCGCAAUCCGGCCCGCAUUCCUUUUUGUUUUAGUGCUUUUGCCAGUUUACCCAGAAGAUUCUUCUUGUGCCACUUGCCUCGACAGAACGUUCGUGAGGAGUUCGUAACCGUGACGCCGGCAGGAUACAUUUACCGUCGCCAACCGCUCUCCAGUAUGCUGAAGUUGCUUGCGUACUUCAAAAAUCAUUUCCAGGAACCACCACCAGCUUCCUUGAAUACUCCGCACGGUACUUCUGUUACACCGGGCACUGGAUCGAUGUUGAUAACACCUACUCCGUCUCACAUGGGAGUUCCAAACAUCGCCCAUUUAACAAGCGUCGUACAAAAUAUGCCGCAGCACGUCUGGGAUAAGCUUAAAGUCGCUGGGACGACUGCCAUGUCUGCUACUCCGAUGACGUUCGCCACUCCCCGGACUCCGAGCGGCAAUGCUAAUGCGGCGGCUGUCCAUCAGACACCGGCCGGCGUCACUCCCUCGGGAUCGAGCGUGGCGGGAACGACAGCCUGGAGCUCGGCGGCGAAGAUGUGGCAGCAGGCUAUGACGGGUCAGCCAUCGGGGGCCACUCCGGCAACCCCGCAGUCUGUGGGUGCCACGCCAGCCUCAUCGACCAACUGGAGUGCGGCAGCCGCUGCCUGGGUUAACAAGUCUAACACGGCGGCCCCCGCGGGCAAUGCUGCUGAAGAGGGGGCCACACCGACAACGGCGGCGGUGUCGGCGUGGAUGGCCGCGGCGCGCAACCGGAAUCCAGGCGAUGCCACUCCGCGCUGAAUGAUUCCGUAGAUUUUGUUGUGCUUUUGCAGUUUUCUGCGUUGCUGGCGCGAAUGGUAGCUGUUAUUGCGCAGUGUUCGUAUUCGUACCCGUGGUUUGAUGCAACGGGAUUUGACCCUCCAGGCAAGACGUGUGGACUUUAUAUCGUUGUGUAAGUUUUUGGUUUUCCCAGUAACGAAUUGACGCUGUAAGGACAGAUACAUUUGGUAUGAUUGUUCUUUCGGUAGCGGUUUUUUUAGAAUCUUAUGUUAACGACUGUGUUAGUGUUGCUGGUAUUUCGGUGUAAAGAUUGCUAGAACUUUCGCAAUUUGUCUGAGGAGAUCAAUAAAAUUGUUAAUCGA